AGUUAAAAUAAAAACACAUGGAAGAUGAGAAAUUUCAAGUUUACACUAAUUUCUUUCAGGAUAAAAAUUUUUAGUUAUGUCACAAUUGCUGAGAGUAUGGACUUCUCGUAUCUAUCGUCAAAAUUUCAAGAAAUUGUUGAAUCAGGAUAUUUACAAUUGUAAAAGUUGCAGCAUUCAUAGAUAUUCAUCUGAGAGUGAAAAUGAUAAACUAGUCAGAGUGAUAGAUAUUCCUGUAAAAGAAAUUAAAGAACCACCAGUUAUAUUUAGCAGGGGCAAACAAAAGCCUAUACAUGAUGAAAACAACCCAGUUGCUUCUCAGCUUCAAUUACUUAGUGCUGGUCUGGAAAAAAGAAAACUUCAGCUGAAUGUAGAAAAAUGGUUCAGGGAUCAUGGAUUCACUAAUGGUCAUUCUUCUAGUGUAGAAUUCAAAUCUGGCAAUGAAUCCUUGGGUCUAAAACAAAGGUUUAUUACUACUGAAGUCCAAAAGGAUGACAAGAAACAAACAAGAAUAAAAGAAACUAAAAAGUACCCAGGAGAAAAUAGUUCUGUUGAGGUUUCUCAAAAUAGUGAAUCACAAGUACAUGCAGAACAGGAAAAAGGCAAGGUCGAUCUCAAAGAGACAUACAAAAAAUAUCUUAAAAGAGUUGAGGUAGAAAAAGGAAAAGCUGGCAAAAUAUCUAAAAGUAAAAAGCAAAGUGCAAAUGAUUUAGAAGAUAUAGAAGGGUUCACUGAUCGAAAACAAACCCAUGGAAAAAUGUCAUCAAAAUCAAAGAAGGAGAAUGUAAAGAGCAUCCCUCUCCCUGAGCACUAUAAUGAAGAUUUAUUGAGUUGUAUGAGAGCAUCAUUAAUGGGAGGAAUGAUGCACCAUGCUCAUUCAGUCUUGAUGCAACAUUCUGUGAAGCCUUCAAACCAAAUCACAGAGCCACACAUCUUUAACUGUGUUCUUCUUGGCUGGGCAAGAAAGGGAAAGGAUGUAAUGCUGAAUGAAGCACUGGCACAGAUGAAGAAGUUUAAGAUACCAGAAACUUAUGACACUUUUGCUGCACAAUUACUUUGCAUUGGAAAUAAAAGGAGCUAUACAGAAAAAGAAAAUGAAAUCAGAAAUAUUUUAGAGCAGAUUGGAGAAAAGAAUCUUGAUAUCAAGUACUUGAUCCAAAAGAGUGAAUACUUAACUCCAAAGGAUGCAUUAAAUGUGAUAAAGGUUAUCCAGGUUGUAGCCCCAGAGUACAGUCAUUUAGGAAAUGAAAAUUUAACUGUACAACCUUACUCUAUUCCAUUACUAGAAGACUUUAAUAAUCCACCCACGGAAGAUGUUGUAAAUCCACUUCAUAGAGUAAUAUCUAGCUCCAAAUUUGAGGAGAACUUGCAUAAGCAGCUCCAGUAUGAAGAAAUAGGCACUGUUUACAUGGAUAGUGCAUAUUAUACAAAAUCUUCUGGUGUAAAGAAAGAGCAGACAAAGAAUCAAUUAUUGGAACAGUUCCAUAGAGCACUAUCAGGGGCAUUUAGAUCUCAGUUGAAAAAGCAUUCCAAAGGAAAACACGAUCCAACCACUGAAAAAGAAGUUGACCAAAUCUGGCCUUUUCUAAAAGCUUUAAAGACAAAUGAGUACAUAGAUUUAAUGAUGAAGGAAAUUGAAAUUUUGGCUGAGAAAGGAUACUCUGCUGGGUAUAGAAAACACCAGCUGGGACAGUCUGUCAUCAACUUAAUUCAAAGGAAGUAUUUUAAAGAAUUUGGAUAUUUGGAUCUGCAAAAAAUGGUCUACAAGGAGUAUAUUGGAAUUGUGUUAAAUGAGAAAAAUCCCAGCAGAUGUCACAGAGAAAUUUGGCAGUCAUUAUGCAAGAAAUAUACUGGCAAAAGUGCAAUUCUUCCAGAUUAUAAAUUCCCAGACCAUAUAUCAUACAAAAUUGGAAAUUUUCUUUACUCUGUGAUGAAUACCAAUUUAAAGAUAAUAUCCAAAAAACAUGAUGGCUCUACAUCCAAUGUUUCUGUCCUUAAUUUUGUCAUGCAAGAUGAGAAUAGAGAUGGAAAAAUUUUAACAUUUGUUCACAUACAUCCCCAUGUUAAGAAGAUUUGUUUGACUGAUAUAGUAAUGAAAAGUGAACAAGCCUUUUAUCCCAUGCUUGUGCCCCCAGUUCCAUGGCAUGGCAUGCAGUUAGGAGGAUUUAUUACAUUUAACAGUGAUCUUAUUAGAUGUCUGGAUGAAAAUCAAAUGGAACUAAAAUAUCUGAAGAAAUUCCCAAAAGAUUGUCUAAAUCCAGUCAUGGAUUCGUUAAACAUUCUAGGAACUUGUGGCUGGAAGAUCAACACAAAAAUGCUGGAUGUUAUUAUGGAGUUGUUUAAGAAGAAUGCGGGUGUUUCUCUGGAUCUUCCACCUGCCAAACAUACCAUGCCAAAACCUGUCUUCCCUCUCCUAAAAGUUAAAGAGCUAAAUGAAAGUGAAAAUAAAAUGGAAGAAGAUGAAAAGAAGAAAGUGAAGGCUGAGCUAUGGAAGAAAUACUAUAAAGUAAAGAAGGAUAGAGCUGAAACACACAGUCUCUGGAGUCACAUGCAUAGAACACUAACAAUUGCAAACACAAUUAGAGAUGAAGUGAUAUGGUUUCCACACAGUUUAGAUUUCAGAGGGAGGUCCUAUCCAUUUAUGCCUCAUCUGAAUUACCAUGGGGAUGAUGUGAGACGGUCUCUUUUCCUAUUCGCUAAUGGAAAACCUCUUGGAGAAAAGGGACUUGAUUGGCUGAAGAUACAUCUGAUUAAUUUAACUGGCUUUGCAAAAAGGUCUUCAAAUGCAGAGAGACUUCAGCUAGCCAAUGCGACAUUACCUGACAUUAUGGAUUCUGCCGAUCAUCCUCUUGAUGGAAAAAAAUGGUGGCAGACUUCAGAUGAGCCCUUUCAGACUCUUGCUGCCUGUAUGGAGGUAGCAGCCGCGGUGAGGUCUGAAGACCCUAGUAAAUUUGUGUCUUACUUCCCUACUCAUCAGGACGGGUCAUGUAAUGGUCUUCAGCACUAUGCAGCUCUGGGCAGGGAUCAAGCAGGGGCAGAGUCGGUCAAUCUGAGUCCCUUUUCUCACCCUCAGGAUGUGUACAGUGAUGUUGUAGAACUGGUGGAGAAAAUAAGAAAAAAGGAUGCGGAAGAUGGUCUUGAGAUAGCACAGAAACUGGAAGGGCUUGUCAAAAGAAAGACAAUCAAGCAGACCAUAAUGACCUCUGUCUAUGGAGUCACCAUGUAUGGUGCUAAGUUACAGAUCCUGAAGCAGAUAAGUCCUUUACCGGAUGAGGCCCUUCAUAAUGAAUUCCACUCUCUUGCCAGUGUCUACUUAGCAAAGUGUGCCUUCAAGGCCUUAGAGGAGAUGUUCUCUAGUGCCAGAACAAUUCAGGACUGGUUUACCCAGAUAGCUCGGGGGAUGGCUAAAACUUGUAAGAUCCCCACCCAGUGGAUAACACCUAUGGGAAUGCCCAUAAUUCAACCCUACAUCAAGCAGGAUAUUAAAACAAAGUUCAAGAAGGACUAUAGCAUUGAUGAACUGAUGAAGUUGAAAGUUGAAAGCAGGAAGCAGAGAAAUGGUUUCCCUCCAAACUACAUCCACUCCAUAGAUGCCAGUCACAUGAUGCUGACUUCACUGGAAAUGUACAGGGCAGGAUUAACUUUUGCCUCAGUACAUGACUGCUACUGGACACAUGCUAUAGAUGUGGACUCAAUGAAUAAGUUUUGUCGGAAACAGUUUGUUGCCUUGCAUAAUCAACCUUUACUAGAAACCCUCUCUGCUGACUUUUUAAAUGAUAUAGAGAAGUAUAAAAAGGAGCAUCCAAAGUUGAAGAAAACUCACAAGAUGGCUGUAGAUGACCUCAGUGACCUCGUGUGUAAUGUACCUAAAAAGGGCACAUUUGACUUGAACAAAGUGCUGGAAUCAGAGUAUUUCUUCAGCUGAUUCAAUAAGUGAUAUACCAGUUGAAAUUUAUGUGACACAUUUACCAUAAAGCUGAUCUGUGAUCUUUUGGAGAUGCAUUGUAAUUUUAACAUAUCUGUGAUUUUUAUAUAUAAACAACUUUAAAAAAAAUGAAUCCAACCAAUUUCAUUCAGAACAGUGUGUUCUUUAUCUCAUAACUUCAUGUUUUUAUGUGUUUUAAAAAACACACACAGCAACUUACAAAUUACAUCAGGAAGUUCUAUUUUCCAUCAGUAUUCUUAUGUUAUUUUGUUACAUGUUGACUUGUUUGUUUAUAAACAAUGAAAUAAAAAAAUCAUCUGAAA